AUGUCGUUGCUUACAAGGCAAAUGUCCUCCAAAGUCCCUACAAUCUCAUCGCGGGCGUUUUCUACCUCCCGAGCCUCCCGAUUGGCACGCUUGACUCUAGUUGGUCGCCUGGGCGCCGACCCAGAGCUCACAGAGACAACGAAAGGGACUCAACUUGUCCGCUACGCCAUUGGUACUAGCUAUGGACCAAAAGAUAACAGACAAACUUCAUGGUUUCGUGUCAGCAGCUUUGUAGAUGGCCCUCAAAGAGAUUUCGUCUUGGGAUUGAGCAAAGGAACACUGGUUUACCUCGAGGGUGAUGCCAGCAUGCGUACAUUCGAUGAUGCAGAAGGCAAGAAGCAGAGUGCGUUGACUAUCGUCCAGACCAGGAUCGAGGUUUUGAAAAGGCAGCCAAGAGAAGAGGAUAGUGAAGCAACCAGUGGUUGA